AUGUUUCAUCGUCCAAUAAUAUAUAUACUAUGAUGAGAGUGCGGUUUCCUUUGUUGGUGUUGCUGGGAACUGUUUUCCUGGCAUCAGUUUGUGUCUCAUUAAAGGUGAGAGAGGAUGAGAAUAACCCUUUCUACUUGAGAAGCUCUAACAGCUUCCAAACUCUCUUUGAGAACCAAAACGGUCGCAUUCGUCUCCUCCAGAGAUUCAACAAACGCUCCCCACAACUUGAGAACCUUCGAGACUACCGGAUUGUCCAGUUUCAGUCAAAACCCAACACAAUCCUUCUCCCCCACCAUGCUGACGCCGAUUUCCUCCUCUUUGUCCUUAGCGGGAGAGCCAUACUUACCUUGGUGAACAACGACGACAGAGACUCCUACAACCUUCACCCUGGCGAUGCCCAGAGAAUCCCAGCUGGAACCACUUACUAUUUGGUUAACCCUCACGACCACCAGAAUCUCAAAAUAAUCAAACUUGCCAUACCCGUCAACAAACCUGGCAGAUAUGAUGAUUUCUUCUUAUCUAGCACUCAAGCCCAACAGUCCUACUUGCAAGGCUUCAGCCAUAAUAUUCUAGAGACCUCCUUCCAUAGCGAAUUCGAGGAGAUAAACAGGGUUUUGUUUGGAGAGGAAGAGGAGCAGAGGCAGCAAGAGGGAGUGAUCGUGGAACUCUCAAAGGAACAAAUUCGGCAACUGAGCAGACGUGCCAAAUCUAGUUCAAGGAAAACCAUUUCCUCCGAAGAUGAACCAUUCAACUUGAGAAGCCGCAACCCCAUCUAUUCCAACAACUUUGGAAAGUUCUUUGAGAUCACCCCUGAGAAAAACCCACAGCUUCGGGACUUGGAUAUCUUCCUCAGUUCUGUGGAUAUCAACGAAGGAGCCCUUCUUCUACCACACUUCAAUUCAAAGGCCAUAGUGAUACUAGUGAUUAAUGAAGGAGAUGCAAACAUUGAACUUGUUGGCAUUAAAGAACAACAACAGAAGCAGAAACAGGAAGAGGAACCUUUGGAAGUGCAAAGGUACAGAGCUGAAUUGUCUGAAGACGAUGUAUUUGUAAUUCCAGCAGCUUAUCCAUUUGUCGUCAACGCUACCUCAAACCUCAAUUUCCUUGCUUUUGGUAUCAAUGCUGAGAACAACCAGAGGAACUUCCUUGCAGGCGAGAAAGACAAUGUGGUAAGGCAGAUAGAAAGACAAGUGCAGGAGCUUGCGUUCCCUGGGUCUGCACAAGAUGUUGAGAGGCUAUUAAAGAAGCAGAGGGAAUCCUACUUUGUUGAUGCUCAGCCUCAGCAGAAGGAGGAGGGGAGUAAGGGAAGAAAGGGUCCUUUUCCUUCAAUCUUAGGUGCUCUCUACUGAAUAACUACGUAAAUGUAUGCUGUAAGAGCUCAUCGUGAGCGUGGAAUGUAUCUGCCCAUGUAACUAUAAAAACUUGAGCUCCACCUAUCUUCUAUCUACUACGAAUAAAUAAAUCCAGCAUAUGAUGCUUGUGUUUUGUAGCC